AUGAAAGUUUUUAGCGCUUUUUUCGCCUUAGCGACUGCGCUCGAUGAGAAUCUUCUGGCAAUCAUGAUCGCCAACCAGGCAAACAAUCCGCAGCAACAGACGCAGAUGAACCAACUGCUUCCCAUUUUGCUUCUCAACGACAACACUUCCCUUCAAAACUCGGAAAUGCUGAUGUUGAUGAUGAUGCAAGGAGGCAACUUGGCGGACAGCACUUCCAUCCUUCCACUUUUGCUCCUUGACGACGACAGUAACACCAAUGGCACCGCGCUCGAUAUGACUACUCUCUUCCUCUACACCUCGAUGGUCCAAAAGACCUGCACAAUCAACACGAACAACCAGUUGCAAACGAUGCUGCCGCUUUUGAUGCUCAACGACAGCGGCAGUGCUAAAUCGCGCAAGCAGAAUCUUCUCAUGCUCCUCAUGUUCCAGACAAUGGGACGGGCCUCUGUGCAAAUGGACGCUGUUCUCCCACUCAUGCUCCUCAUCGACGACGACAGCACUGGAGAUGAUGACAGCGAAAUGAUCAUGAUGAUGGUGCUGCUCAACACAAUGACCGGCGGUCUCGAUAGCGCGCAAGCAUUCGACAACAACUUUAACAUGCUCUUGCCUCUCCUCCUCCUCGACAAUUUCAACGAUGACUCCUCCACUACUUCCACCAGCAGCAGCGACAACUCCUUUAUGGACAGAGACUUGCUGAUCAUCAUGAUGGCGAUGCAGUCACAGGCGCCAGGAACGACGUUCACGACCGAUCAAAUCCUGCCUUUAUUUUUGAUCUCCAACGAGUCCUCCAACGACAACCUCAUUUUCUACAUGAUGAUGAACCAGCCACGCGUCCCAUGUGAGCCUCAAACUGUCCAACCCGUUGUCCAGAACGUCUACCGCACCUAUCGCACUGAUAGCAACGGCAACCGAGUCCUCGUCGACACCGACAUGAACGGCUUUGACUAA